UGUUUUGAUUUCAGACAUGAAGAACACUUACAGCUCCUUGAACGAGAAGAGAUCGAAAAUGAAGAACACUUAUUAGAAGCUAUUAAUGAUAAACUGAUAUCUCAUGGAAUCAAUGUUGGGGAUGUAAAGAAGCUACAAGACGCGGGUAUCUACACCUGCAAUGGCUUGAUGAUGCACUGUGAUAAGAAAUUGACUCGGAUCAAAGGGUUAUCUGAGGCAAAAGUUGAUAACAUCUGUGAAGCAGCUGAGAAGAUAGUGAACUUCGGCUAUAUUACUGGGAUUGAUGUUCUCCUCGAAAGGAAGCAAGUAGUUUUUAUCACAACUGGAAGCCAGGCACUGGAUGAGCUCUUAGAAGGAGGGAUAGAAAUUUCAGCAAUCGCUGAAGCUUUUGGUGAAUUCAGAUCUGGAAAGAUACAACUUGCUGAUACUCUAUAUGUCUCUACUCAGCUUCCUACUAGUAUGAAGGGUGGGAAUGGAAAGGUGGUUUACAUUGACACUGAGGGAACAUUUCGGUCAGAUCGUGUUGUGCUCAUUGCUGAAAGAUUUGGAAUGGACGCGGGAGCAGUUCUUGACAACAUCAUUUAUGCUCGUGCAUGCUCAUAUGAGUAUCAACACAACCUGCUUCUUGGUCUGACAGCAAAAAUGGCUGAAGAGCCUUUCAGACUUCUGAUUGUUGACUCUGUGAUCGCUUUAUUUCAAGUCGAUUUCACUGGAAGAGGAGGGCUUGCAGAUCGACCGCAAAAGUUGGCUCAGAUGCUGUCCCGACUGAUAAAGAUAGCUGAGGAAUUUAAUGUCGCUGUUUACAUGACCAAUCAAGUUAUAGCUGAUCCAGGCAGUGGUGUGUUCAUAUCAGAUCCAAAGAAACCAGCAGGAGGUCAUGUCCUUGCUCACACACCUACCAUACGACUAAUGUUCAGGAAGGGCGAUGGAGAGCAACGAGUCUGCAAGGUGUACGAUGCACCAAAUCUUCCAACAUAGAGGAUCAGAUGAAGUAUUAGGGCUAAAACUGCAUGCUAACCGAAACUGCCAACAUAAGCAUAUGUCUAUUAUGCUAUUGCAUGUCAACACUUUGUGAAUCGUCUGUGAAUAAUACAAGACAACUAAGACUCUUCAGAUUGUCCCAUCUUCUAAGAGCAAGAAAGUAAGCGGAACAGUUAUAACACAGCACGCAACCACGAUAAAUGCAAGAAAACAUUGUCUUACGAACUUAUUUAUGCUAAACUGAUAUAUUUAUUGCUAACAUUAAAAGGUAAACAUCAAAAUAUAAAAGUGGACAGUAAGCAUGAGCAGCUCGAUCUCUGCAAGUCCUAGCUGAUCUUCAGUCCUUAGCAUCCUCCUGGUGUUAUUUGGAAAAUUAAAUGUGUUUUCGUCAAGAAAUUUAGAAUAACUGAACUAUCUAGUUUAACUGCACUAAUCUCGACUCAGUGGA